AUGGCCAUCAUAUUAUCAAUAAUUUUCUUGUUUGUGGGCAUUGGGUUGUUGAUCUUCGUCCACGUUUGUAUUGUUGGAAGGGCUUUCAGAAGAGGAUUCGGCAACGUCUCUGUGGCGAUGGAGAGAGGGAGCAACGGUAGUGAUAUUACAGGCAGCACAAGCAUGUCUAAAGACGACUUGGAAAAGCUUCCUUGCUUUGAUUACAUGACCAAAGACACAGCAACUAGUCCUGUGGAUUGUGCGGUUUGUUUGGAGAGCUUUCAGGUUGGGGAGAAGUGCAGAUUGUUGCCAAUCUGCAAGCACAGUUUCCACGCCGAGUGCGUCGAUGCGUGGCUUUUGCAGGCACCCUUUUGCCCGAUGUGCCGAACAAGCGCUGAUUCGAGCAAGGGGAGCGGUGAUCCUGAUGCGAGCCUUGAGAUGAUAGGAGAGAGCCAAACGGCAGAAAGAAGUGGUCAUUUGAGAAAGUAA